AUGGCCCCUGCUCCUAUCGAUUCCCGCAUUGUAGACGUCGCGCCUCCGAGGAAGGAUAGUCUCGGUAUCCCAGGGCCAGCACGAGAACGUCUUGAAAAGGCUGGUAUUGAUCUGAGUGCUGGAUAUCCAUACCGACCCUCUCGCCCUCUUUUUGUCGAUGAUGUUUACAACGUGAGAGACUAUGAUCGCUCGCACAUUGACCCAGGCACCCGAGCCGAUCCCGAGAAGAAGGCAUUGCUAUCAGCAGCCAGAGAAGUAAUACAUUUGACCAGGCACAUCGGUACUGAGAUUGUGGGCCUUCAGCUCAAAAAUCUCCCCGACAAGCAAAAAGAUGAACUGGGAUUACUCGUUGCCGAGCGGAGCGUCGUCUUCUUCCGUGACCAGGACAUCUCUCCACAGCAACAUAAGGAGCUAGGGGAAUGGUUCGGCGAAAUUGAGAUUCAUCCUCAAGUGCCUCAGGUCCCAGGGGUUGCCGGUGUGAGUGUCAUUUGGCCUGCAUUACAGGCAACAGAGACACCAGCCAGCUUCCGUCGACCAGGCGGAGCAUCACGCUGGCAUACAGAUCUUCUGGUCCAUGAGAGACAGCCUGCUGGAGUGACACACCUUCAUAAUGACACGGUGCCCACAGUGGGAGGAGACACCCUUUGGGCCAGUGGAUAUUCAGCAUAUGAGAAGCUAUCACCUCUCUUCCGCCAAUUCAUUGAUGGCAAAACCGCCAUUUAUCGAUCCGCCCACCCUUACUUGGACCGCAAGAAUCCUGAGGCCGGGCCCAAAUACGUGGAGCGCGAGCAUCCCAUCGUCCGGGUCCAUCCAGCUACCGGAUGGAAAGCUCUCUGGGUCAACCGGGCUAUGACAAAUCGAAUCGUGGGUUUGGACAAGGCUGAAAGUGAUGUGAUUCUUGGAUACCUGUUUGAUGGAUCGCAGGCGAGACAUGGAACUCGAGUAACCUCGCUAGCAGAGAAACCUAUUUUCGAUGCUAAUGCACCCACUCGGCGACAAGCACUUGGAGGAAGUCCAGGAGCUAGCAGACUUGGAUGGCUUGAAUUUGAAGUGAGCGCGCAUAUGAAAUUCCUAGCAGAUAUGCAAAAGGGGUAA